AUGUCAUCAAAGAAUCGAAAAAGAAAACUUGCAAUCGAACCUUGUAUAACACAUUUAAGUUACCUUCAACAGAAAUUUCCAGCUUUAGGUUUUUUAGUUGCGGGUCAAUUCAUAUUGAUUGAAGCAAUUAUUAUGGAAACUUUUCCAAAUUUUGAUUAUCAUGAUUUCAAAUUAGGCUUUUUACCGAUGAAUUCUCAAAAACAACACAAUUUUAAUGGUAAAAAUUCUUCUAUGUCUAACGAUUACCAGCAACAGACUAUCACUCUCACUUCAUCAAACAAUUUGGCUUCUGCAAAUUCCCUAAACUUUUCUCAGCAGUCUACCGUUUCUUUCUCUUUGAACGAUAUGUUAUCAAAUUCUGGUUCUGACAAUAAUUCUUGUUCAGAAUCAGUAAUGAUGUCUCCUUAUUCCGUUAUUCUAAACUCUGGAGAGUUAACGAUGGAUGAUGCUUUCUUCGAAGACUCUGAGUUUUUUUUCGAACCUUUGGAAUCUCCGGCUUUAGUUGAUCCAUAUAUUUACUUAUCUCCUGCUUUAACCUCUUCAAUAUCGCAAUCGGAUCAAGCUAUGUGUUUAUCUGAUAACCUGGCAAGACAACCUAAUCAAAAUAACCAAAAACUUGAAAGAAAUAAUUCCUUGGAACAAAUUCGAAUAAAAGAUUCUAUUCGUCACAAUGAUAAUAACUCCAAUACUGAUCAUGAUAAUAACAGCAUUACGAAUAACAUAAUACCAACUAUAAUGACAGGUUCUCCUUCCAUACCACCAAAUUCGAGCAUGCCGUUGGCGUUACCUUCGGCAAAUACUAUGAUAACGUCAUCCCCAACUGCGCAGGAACCUAUGCCAAACCUGUCCCUUGGGAGUAACCUUGUAUCUGAAGCAGUGUCGACCCAAUCUCCAUAUACUCUUCUACCCACUACAACUUCUAAUAAUCCCACUUUAUCUGAUAAGAUUGCUCCAAUAACACCAUCUUCAUUGAUGAAAUUGAAUGAGAAUCCCUCUUCACCCGGAUCUACUCAAAACGCUCAAAAAAUUGACAAACAACAGAAACAAAUCAUACAAAGUUCUCGAGUAUCAAAUGAGAAACGUACUUCUAACAAAGAAUCUACUUUCGUAGUUCCUCCUCCGCCGACACAGUCAAGAUCUAUCCGGGUUACAAAUAUUGAUGUGUCGCAACAUAUGCGAGCCGUAUCCCCAAACACGUCCCCAGUAUCACCAGGAACGAAUCCAAUGUUAAUGUCACCAAUGAUUUUACCAUCACCUCCGCCUGGAAAAAGGAUUAUUCAUUCAAAUCAGUCAGUUUGCACUCCAUCCACUCUUAAUUCUUCAAAGAGUCCUCAAGCUUUGAAACCAACAAUAAGUCCAAAUUUAAAGCCAAGAUUAUCUGGUGUAACAGCCGAUGACGCGGCAGAACAAUUGGCAAAUAAAUCUCUUGGUAUUUCCUAUUCCUCUGAUGUACAUUCAAGUCUAGAAUCUCGACGCACAACUCAUAAAGCUGCUGAACAAAAACGAAGAGAUUCACUAAAACGAAGCUUUGAUGAAUUAAAAAAAGUUAUACCAAUCAACUCGACAUCCAGUAAUACUAACAUAAAUAAUAACGGAUGCGAUGGAAACAAUAACAGUUCAAUAUCGGGCAAAAUUGUUGACAAUAAUGGAUCGAUGAAAAAUGUUUCAAAAUUGUUUUUAUUAAAACGAGCACAUGACCAUAUUAUAGAGCUUCAACAACAGACAAAAGAAAAAGACUUGAUCAUACGAAACCUUAGGAACGAAAUUGAUGAACUUAAAGUAGUAAAAAGGCAAAAAGUUGAUCAGAUUCAGCAAGAUGAUAGUGCAAAUAUACAAGAUAAUAAUUAA